AUUAAAUAUAAAAAUGGGGUAUGUUAUAUGGAACUAUAUAUAUCUAUUUCUCUCCUUUCGAAAGUGCUGUUCAGCGCCAAAAUAAGCAAUCUAAUGUCUACUUCUUCAUCUCUCCGCUGUGUGAAAGGCAUCUUCGCCGGAAAAGACAGAGCAAUAAAUCAGCCCAUUACUUCUUCAAGACCCACCGAUCGAGCCCAAGCAAUUGUAGACUCUUUCAAAAAAUCAUCGGAAUGCCCCAAAUUCCGACUGAAACGCUUCCAAUAUGAAAUCACCGUUCACCAACUUACCGAAGCCAAACACAAAUCCGGCAUUAUAGAUAUCAUAGAACAUCAAAAAAACUAUCCUGAUAUUCGUAACGAAGCGUUUGUUGCCCGUCUUAUUCUUCUUUAUGGCAAAGCGAAAAUGGAUCAUCAUGCACGUAAGUUGUUCGAUGAAAUGCCUCAACUAAAUUGGCCGCGCACUGUCUUUUCCUUCAAUGCCCUACUGGAAGCAUAUCUUAAAUCAGAGAAAUAUGAUAAAAUCGGCGGCUUGUUUCGCGAAUUGCCCCCGAAAUUGUCAAUUGAGCCUGAUUUGGUGUCGUAUAACACUGGGAUUAAGGCAUUGUGCAGGGCUGGUUUGUUGGAUUCUGCUGUGUAUUUGAUGGAUGAGAUUGAAAAUCAUGGGAUUAAGCUGAAUAUUGUCACUUGUAACACGUUAUUAAAAGCAUUUCAUGAAAGCAAAAGGUUUUCUGAAGCUGAAAGUUUGUGGGCUAUGAUGGAAAAGAGAAAUAUUAUCCCUGAUCUUUGCAGUUACAAUAUUAAAUUAACUAGUUUGGUUAAAGCUAAGGAGGUUUCAAAGGCGAUUCAGUUCUUCGAGGAGAUCGUUAACAAGGGUUUCAAACCGGAUAAUUUCAGUUACAGUGCUAUGAUAAAAAUGUAUGUUACUAAGGGGAAUCUGGAGGAGGUCAACAAGUGGUAUGAGAAGAUGACGCAAAACGGAUGUCUUCCGGAUGUUUCAACAUUGACGAUACUUAUUAGUUUUGCUUGUAGCGCCAAAAAAAUUGAUUUUGCUUUGGAUUUGUGCAAGAAAGCAAUGAAUUCACGCAAAGCUAUUCAUAAUACAAUAAUGCAGAGGGUUGUCAAUUGUUUGGUUGAGCAUUCUAAGAUUGAAAAUGCGAGAGAACUGGUUACGUUGGCUGAGUCUUAUAAGAGCUUUCCGUAUGAGCUUUCCUUGCCUUUGCAUAGCUAGUUUCUUUCAGCUAUGUUUGAUCGUUUACUAGAGCUGAAGUGAUCAAGGGUUUGAGGAAUGCUCUAUACAAAAUUUAGCUUGUUGCAUUUAGGUUAAGUAUGUUACAUUUUGACUGUUAGUUAACAGUCAAUCAAAUUGUUGGAUCUAAACAUUUUUGAAGGAUGCUGGUGCUGGACUUGUAUAAAUUAGAUGCUUGCAUUUAUGUAUCUAGAGAUUAUUAAUGUU